UCAAGGUCAGGAUAUAUAUUAUAUUAACGUAAAAGUAACGUAAUAUGGAGGUUACAGUCUUCAUCGUCAGUAUAUAGGCUGCAUACACUUGCGUAGAUUGACAGUAAAUAAAACAUUUAUAAACAGGACUAAUGACAGUUGUCAUGUAAUAAAAUAAAUUGUAUUGAUUAAUUUUACAAUAACUUUAAUAUUUAUUUUAAAUAUUAUUUAAAUUAAAAAUUUAAUUAUUUAUAAUAAUAUCAAACAUGAGUGCACCAGCACCUACAGGAUCUAGGCCUGCCGCCGCACCAUCAAUUCAAGAAUUCAGCAUUCGCGUUCCUAAGAAUAGUCGAAAGCGGCACAAUGUAAUGCGUUUUAACGCGAAUUUAAAUGUCGAUAUUGCAAAAUGGACACAAGUAAAAAUGGAGAGAGAAAACAAUGCCCGUGAGUACAAGGGUUACGACGAAGAAAUGCCAAAGUUUGGAGCUGGGUCCGAAUUUGGUCGUGAUGCUCGUGAAGAAGCGAGGCGUAAGAGAUUUGGUAUUACUGCACGAAAAUACAAGCCAGAAAAUCAGCCCUGGAUUCUUAAAACCGACGGUAAGACUGGGAAAAAAUUCAAGGGAAUACGUGAAGGAGGUAUUGGAGAGAAUGCUGCGUACUACGUAUUCACACACGCACCUGACGGUGCUAUUGAAGCUUUUCCGCUUCAUGAGUGGUAUAAUUUUCAACCAAUUCAACGGUACAAAACUCUGAGCUUUGAAGAAGUAGAAGAUGAAAUGAAAAGACGUGUUAAAAGAAUGAACUAUUGGUCGCUGAUGGACAGAAAGAAAAAGAAAGAUAAUGAAAAUGAUGAUGAUCCAGAAAAUGUUGAAACAAAUGUAAAAGAUCAACUUGCCCUGCAGAUUACUGAGAAUGAAGAGUGGAUGAAAAGCGAUGAUGAUGAUGAAAGCGAAUCGGAUGAAGAGGGUGGCAAGAAAAAAAAGAAGGAUUCUGAUGAUGAUAAUGAUUAUAAAGAUGACGACAAAAAAAGCAAAAAGAAAAAGAAACCAAUCAAGAAGAAGAAAAAGAAGAAGCGUGACUCUGAUGAUGAAGCAUUCGAAGAGAGUGACGACGGUGAUGAGGAAGGAAGAGAGUGCGAAUAUUUAACAGAUUCGACCGACUCUGAAGAUGAAAUAGAAUCCAAAGAAGUUAAAUCUGUCGCUGAAGAAGAUGCUCUUCGGAAAGCGUUGGUUUCUGAUGAAGAUGACGAAGAAGAAAAUAAUGAGGAGAAAAAAGAUGACGAUGAGUUUGACGAAGAUGAAGCUAAAGACGAAAAAGACAAAGCUAAAGAGACGGAAAAGAAGAAAGAUAAGAAGAAGAAGAAAAAACCUAAAAAGAAAGACGUGAAAAAAAAUUCUAAAGACUCGUCUCUUAGUGAGGAUUCCAGCGAUUCAAACUCUGAUUCAGAUUCUCCCAAAGAAUCUAAAGAAGUUAAUGGUAAAAAAUUAGCCAGCGCUCAUAACUCAAGAUCUUCUACUCCCACUGUCGUUGCCGGUUGUUCUACUGAUAACUUGAAGCGUAAAGCAGCUGCUUCGCCUGAAUUAUCUCAAGUUAAAAAAAUUAAAACCGAAACUCCAACUCCUGCUCCUGCUCAGGUUCCAACCACACCGAUAUCUGGAUCAAACGAAGGAAUUACUGAAGAAGCAGUUCGCCGUUACUUGAUGCGCAAGCCGAUGACAACAACAGAAUUACUACAGAAAUUCAAGUCAAAGAAAACAGGAAUAACUUCCGACAAACUAGUGGUCAUGAUGACCCAAAUCCUGAAGAAAAUAAAUCCCACUCGACAGACUAUUAAAACCAAAAUGUAUUUAUCUUUAAAAGCCCAACCUCAUUGAUAGUAUCAUUUUUUAACAAUUUAUUUCUCAUGCUAAAUCAUUAUCAAUUUAUUUGCAAAUAAAAUUUUUUGAUAA